CACUCUUUCACGCUGUCUUUUAGUCCCGUCGCGUUUAGUUUACUUGCUGUAAUUGUCAGUCAAGAUGCGGUCGGUUAACUUGUGCCUCACUAUCUCAGCAGUGUCAUUGGCUGCAGCCCAGUCCGUGCCCUUCUUUUUAGGGAGAAGUGGAGGCAUGUAUGGACUCGAACGCAGACAAUCUUCUACCAUCACAUGGCCAUAUCAAACAUUCGUCUCGGAGCCCGACUUUCUACCACCAAUUCCCGAAGUGAACAAGACGAAGGCCACGGCACCAGGAUACCAAUUUCUUGCGCAGCAGGGCACGGACUGUGCCCAACAAGCCGCAAUGAUCAUGACUGACGACGGCGAGCUCGUCUGGCAGUCCAAUCCCAAGUCACCAUUUCCGGCCACCAAUUUCGGCCCGCAGACUUUGAACGGCAAACCUGUGCUUGUGUACAACAUGGCGGUAGGGGUGCCAAUUGUUGACAGCGGCGCUCUUACGUACAGCAUCGUCCAAAUAUUCGAUGAUACCUACACGCUACUGCACAACGUGUCGGUGGAAGAUCCUACCUUUGUGUUCGCAGCUGGCAACUGGAGCUCUCUCAUCGACUCGCAUGAGGCGUACAUUACGGCUCGCAACACGCUCGUUGUUCCCGCCUACAACAUCACGCCCUGGGACUUGUCUCCGGUCGGUGGUCCCACGGACGGAUGGCUGAUGGACUCUGUCUUCUACGAAGUUACCAUUCCAGAGGGCGACAUCCUUUAUACCUGGCGGUCAAGCGACUGGAUUGCCAUCACCGAUACCUUUGUGGACUUGGACGCGGUAUAUGGCUUUGGGAACGCGACUGGGUGGGCGUGGGACUAUUUCCACAUCAACAGUAUUCAAGCAUGGGGAGAAGAUGGCUUUAUCCUAUCCGCGCGGAAUACGUUCGAUGUCCUGUUCGUCAAUAAGACAACCAACUCGAUUGAAUGGCGGUUGCGCGGCAACGAUGGCGGAGACUUCGCUCUCGAUGAAGAGGGCCAGUUCAGCUGGCAGCACGACGUUCGCCUGCACGAGUACGACGGCGAGCUUCUCCUCACUAUGUUUGACAACAAGAACACCCUCACGCCACCGUUCGUCCCGUCCGAGGGUCACCUUCUGGCUCUCGACCUUACGGCUAUGACGGCCAGGAUCAGGGGCGUGUAUUUCGAUCGCAACGCUAUCGUGGCAGCCCAGUUCGCUGGUUCCAUGCAAGUGGACUUUACGGGCGAGGAGGAGAAGUACGUCGUUGUCGGUCACGGCAGCCAGCCCGUCACUGAGGAGUACGACCUCGAUGGUACGCUGCGCAUGAGUUGGCGCUUCGGGCCCGCGGACCCUAACGCCGUUGCCCCUGGUAUCGCAAACUAUAGGGCUUUCAAGAGCUUCUGGAAGGGCUAUCCUACCACGUCGCCUGCAGUCAAGGCAUGCAAGACAGGGAACGGGACCGACAUUUUCGUGAGUUGGAACGGCGCGACCGAGGUUACGAGCUGGACGGUGUAUGCUGGGCAGAGCGAAUAUGAUAUGGCAGAGAGCAUAUCGGCCCCGAAGACUGGUUUCGAGACUAAAAUUAGCCUCGAUGCAGUGGCAACGAUGGUGAAGGUCCAAGCUAAGGGUGACGUGCAUGAUGAACGCUUUACGGCGAAAACGUCUAUGCCCGUGACUGCGCAGGAUUGUUAGAAAAUCUGCUCCUGUAGCUAUGACCACAGUACAUGAUGUAAGUAGCUGCCGAAUGCAACUGCCUCUUAAAACGCC